AAAAUGGAGUUAAAGAUUUGAUUUUUGAUGUGGUUUUGUAUUAAAUGAAAGGGCCCAUUUUUAAUAGUUUUAGUAGGUAGUGUUUGUUCUUGUCUUUCCAGAUAUGAAUGAUUUGAUCUGGAUUUGGUCUACUUGCAUAUAUACCUCUAAAACUCUAUUUUGAGCAUCAAAAUCCCACUAUUUUGUCUUCCACUUUCAACCACUCAAUCAUAUAAAUAAAGAAAAAAGCAAAACCAAUGAUUUGGCAUCGGAUCCAAAGCAAGAUCACAACUUAAUCAUGUCAAAUCAUUGACCAAAAAUCACAUUGUUUUUUCACUGAACCUUCUGCUUCAAGAAUGUCUACAACUAUAAAACAUAGCUGGGAUUCAAGAAGAAUAACAGGGCAAGUGAUUAGCAAUGGCAUUUACUCAAACUUACUUUGUGAUCUCUCUCCUUUUACUUAUCACUCAUCAUCAACACACUUACGCGGGUCCCACAUCGGAAUCCAGGUGUCACUGCAACGGCAUAUUCUUCAACCGUGGAGAAUUUCCCGGAGAUUUCAUCUUCGGGGCAGCAUCAUCAGCUUAUCAGUAUGAAGGUGCAUUCAAUGAAAGUGGGAAAGGCAUGAGCAUGUGGGAUAAUUUCACACACAUGUAUCCAGAUAAGAUUAAGGACCACAGAAAUGGAGACAUAGCAAUUGAUUCAUAUCAUCGGUACAAGGAAGAUGUGAAGAUCGCACGAGAUUUAGGCCUCGAUGCCUACAGAAUUUCGAUAUCAUGGCCUAGGAUAUUACCAGGUGGAAAAAUCGACCAAGGCGUGAAUCAGGAGGGGAUUAAUUAUUACAACAAUCUCAUCAACGAGCUCUUAGCUAACGGUAUAGAGCCUUUUGUAACUAUUCUCCACUUUGAUAUUCCACAAGCUUUACAAGAUGCAUAUGGUGGAUUUCUAAGUCCCCAAAUUCUGGUUGACUUCGUGGACUUUGCAAACCUCCUGUUUGACCAAUUUGGUGACCGGGUCAAAUAUUGGAUCACUAUAAACGAACCGUGGACUUUUAGUGUCUACGGUUAUGCAUUCGGUUUGUUUGCUCCGGGUCGAUGUGCCAGCUGGCAAGGCCUCGAUUGCACGGGUGGUGACUCAGCUGUAGAGCCGUACAUUGUGGCUCACAACCAACUUCUUGCUCACUCUGCUGUUGUAAAUUUGUACAGAAAUAAAUAUCAGGCAUUGCAAAAUGGGACGAUUGGGAUAGCGGUUGCUUCGUAUUGGUUUGAGCCGUUGGAUGAAACGGAUGAGAAUUUGAAGGCGAAGAAUCGAGCACUUGAUUUCAUGCUAGGCUGGUUCUUGGAACCACUAACACUAGGUAAUUAUCCGGAAAAUAUGAGGGUUCGAGUUAGAAAUCGACUGCCUAAAUUCACCAAAGAGGAAAUGAAAAUGAUGAAAGGGUCGUUCGAUUUCAUUGGAUUCAAUUAUUACGGUGCAAUUUAUGCGUUUAACAAGCCAAGCGCUUCUAAUUUCAGCUACUCCACUGAUGCUCAGAUUGACAUCACAGGGGAGAGAAAUGGGAAGGCGAUAGGCGAACAAGCAAGAAACUCGAGCCGGAUAUACAUUUACCCCAAGGGAAUUAAGGGAAUUCUGAGAUACAUAAAGGAAAAAUACAAUGAUCCACUGAUUUACAUCACUGAGAAUGGAAUCGACGAAGAUGCAAAGGACAAUUCGGAAAUACUCGAGGCGUUAAAAGAUGACACGAGAAAAGACUAUAUUCGUGAUCAUCUGUGUUGUCUGCAUGAAGCAAUUGAGAAAGAAAGUGCAAAUGUGAAGGGAUAUUUUGUGUGGUCGUUGAUGGAUAAUUUCGAGUGGUCUUCGGGCUUUUCGGUUCGGUUCGGGCUGAAUUAUGUUGACUACAAAGAUAAAUUGUUGAGAAGAUACCCAAAACUAUCUGCUCUUUGGUUCAAAGAAUUCCUUGUCAAGACAAGUUCGGAAUCUCAAUCAAGAAUUCGGGACCAAUGAACUACAUUUCGGUCGGUUUUGUAGAUGUUACAAUCAGUGAAGUAUGAAAAAAUAUAUACAUUUCGAGAAAUCGCUACUGUAAUUUUAUAUUAUAAUAAUAUUUCAUAAAUAAUUAUUUUUUUUCUUUUUGUGGCAUUCAUUAUUAAGUUUGCUAUAUAAAAAAAAAAAAAUAGAUCUCAAAAUAUGCAAUUCAAUGGUUUUCAGAUGUAAUUCUGACUGAGCUGGAAUUAGUAUUAAUUCAGAAAUACCCAGCCCAAAUAAAGUAUUGACCCCAAUACUUAUUUCUCCAUCUGGCCCAACAACUCCUCUACUUCACUUCAGAACGCUGUCGUUUCAUCCCUUCAAUUCGCCUCCGUCGCCGUCGCCGUUGCCCCCACCGAAGCCCCGUGGAUCAUCACAGAAAAUUGAAGACACUCCUCAACCAUUCGAUGAUGUUCUAACCUUAAUUUAAAAAAAUGGAUAAAAUGGUUUCCCGCUACCAUUCCUCAACCAUGGCGGCGUUCGUGCAGCUGAAGCCACACCGCUGGAUCUCUAAUGGUGGUGGGCACGGCGGUGCCGGAGUUUGUAGCGGCUUCGAUUUGGCACUGGGGAAAUGGAUGAACAACGAUAUGGAGAUCAUCAGCUGAAGGCAUAUGGUAAAAGCGCUUCUACUUCCAUUUUCUAACGGUUGGUUUGCUACAUUUUUUAUACGAGUCUAGUACUUUCCCUAUUGUGUGAUGAUACAUUUUCAACUUUUACUUCAGAAAUUAGGUAAAGAAAUACAAGACAACAUUUUGUAUAGCACAUCAACUUCUAACACAUACUUCUGAUAAUCGUUGCCUAAUUAAUUGCAACUUUUUUUUUUU